AUGAACACACGAAUCAUCAACCUCGCCAGCGGCUCUCCUUCACCAGCACUGAUCCCCGUCCACGAUAUCCAGAAGGCAGCAAAUACAGUUCUAUCGACACCAUCGGUAUGGGAGGAGGGCUUGAAUUAUGGCGCAGACGCAGGAUAUCUACCACUGCGACAGAAUCUUGCACAAUGGCUUACGGAGUUUUAUCAUGAUGACCGCACAGAAUCAUCCUUAAAUGAGCCUGGAAGACCGGACGCUGAAAGAAUAUGUGUGACCGGAGGCGCAAGUCAGAAUUUAGCAUGUAUAUUGCAAUCAUAUACAGAUCCAGUAUACACUAAGGCUAUAUUCGUGGUUGAGCCGGCUUAUUUCUUAUCAUUCCGAGUGUUUACGGAUGCAGGGUUUGAUGGCAAACUCAAAGGAAUACCCGAAGACGAUGAGGGUAUUGAUAUUAAGAUUUUGGAGCAGAGUUUGCAUGCCGAAGCCGAAAAAUAUUUACUAGAACAUGAUAAUGUAGAGUCGGUGAAGGAAUUGAGGCCGUACAGAAAAUUAUACAGAUAUGUCAUUUACUGUGUGCCGACAUUUUCCAACCCUUCGGGCAGGAUAAUGAGUCUUACUCGACGCCAGCAACUCAUUCAACUGGCCCGAAAAUACAAUGUUCUAGUCAUUGCAGAUGAUGUCUAUGAUUUCGUCCACUGGGAAAUAGAGCCUGAUGAAUACGCCCAUUCACCUUCAUACACACCUUAUUCCCAAUCUCCUUCGUCAGAAGAGCGAUCUAUUUCCUCGUCUAUAUCAUCUCUUUCCACUUCUACUUCAUCUCCAGCAUCCAGAUCAAUUUUGCCACGUCUGGUUGAUAUCGACCGAAUAUUGGAUGGCGGUCCGAUUGAUAAAUUUGGCAAUGCCGUCAGUAAUGGCAGCUUCAGCAAAAUCGUUGGGCCAGGAUGUCGAGUGGGAUGGGCCGAGGCAACACCUGCUUUCAUCUAUGGGCUGUCACAAGUAGGCUCUACACGUUCUGGCGGUGCACCAUCGCAACUCACUUCGACAUUUAUCAACGAAAUGCUCCAAAAUGGAUGCAUAACACGACACAUCCAACAAACUCUAAUACCUUCUUAUAAAAGAAGACUAUUCAAGCUCUCAUAUGCAAUCAAGCAAUAUCUAAUCCCCCUUGGCUUGACUUUGAUUUCCACACCGCAGGUCAAUGAUGUCUUCAUUGGGGGUGGAUUUUUUAUCUGGCUUAAGCUACCAUCGCCUCUUACGGCCAAACAAGUAGCUGCAGCUGCACAACAGGCAGCGGUGAUAGUUGGCCAAGGCACUUCAUCGGCGUUGCCGGAAGGAAAUGUGCGCUCUACUGAAUAUAACGAUAUGUUGAGGUUAUGCUUUGCUCGUGUCGAGGAGGAAUUACUGGUUGAGGCUGUGCUGAUCUUACAACAUUCGAUAUCGAGUUGCUAUUUGAUACCUGAAGCGUUGGAUAGGGCGAAAUAUUAA